AUGUCCUCUCCAGGUGCAAAAGCAAUCACCGUUCUAGCCGUUAUUGGUGUUGGUUGGUAUACCGGAGUCAAGUUUUGGCAGCCUCUCAUUAUUGAACAACUCAGAAAAGAUGGUAAUUUACGUGACGACGUUUAUAUUCACGACACUUCAGACACUCCGAAAUCAUGGGAAGACGUAAGGGCAAAAUGGAAGUCGGUGGUUAACCCUGAAAAACCAGACCCAAUAAAAGAUGAAAAAAUGAUUCAAGAUUUUAAAAACGACGAAAAGAAGGUUAUUGAAAAUUCAAGAAACAAUAAUUAG